AUGUCGGCCUCACUCCGCUCCCUCAGACUCGCGCACCGCGCACCGCAAAUCCUCUCCCGCGGUACCGCUGCAACCCGCUCCUCCUCUUUGUUGCAAUCACGCAAUCUAUCACCAGCACAUCAACAACAAACCCGCCUCCUCAACACAGAAACCGCCCCCCUCCUCUACUCCGCCCACGCCAAAGUCGUCGGCGCACGAACAGGCCACGUCCAAGGCGACGACCUCGUCGUCGACCUAACCAUGGCCAAAGCUCUCGGCGGCGCCGGCGACAAGGGCAAGACCAACCCGGAAGAGCUCUUCGCCGCGGGCUACGGCGCCUGCUUCCAGAGCGCCAUGAACGCCUCGGCCGCGAGCUUGGGGGUAACGAUGCCCAAGAAGCCCGAGGACAGCGUCGUGGAGGCGACGGUGCACCUGGUGGGCGAUAUGAAGAAGCUCGACAUGGGACUCAGGGUGAAUCUCAAAGUUCGGGUCAGGGGCCUGAGCGACGAGGAGGUGCACAAGGUUGUGGAGAAGGCGGAGGAGGUAUGUCCGUAUAGUCGGGCCACGAGGGGUAAUGUCGCUACGACGAUCGAGGUUGUUGGGUUUGAGGAUGGGGAGGCUGGCGGUGAAGCUAAGGGAGAGAAGAAGAGUGAUGGCAAGGCGGGUGAGAAGAAGAAGGGCGGCUCGGACAAGAUGUCUGGUGUUGAGCCCAAGGGACAUAGCGACUACCAGUGA